GAUAGAUCUCACCCAUACCGGUACUUCCAAGCCUUCGUCGGUUCUUCCCACACACACACAUUAGUUUCACGCAACCACCGAGCCGGCCUCGUACAGCACAGCACAGCACAGCACAGCACAAGUUGAAUCCAUUAAUAAGUCUGGGAACAUGCGUCAUGAGUCUUUCCAAUCUGGUGUCAUGUUUCUUCUUAUCAAAUCGGAUCAUUGCUUCCAUUCGAUAGUCUAGCCUUCGAUUGACUUUGACUAGACAAUUGGUGCUAAAAAUAUUUGAACGACCUAGAUGGAUACUUGGAUGGCGAAGUCGCUGAUCAAGUCGAACGAACAAAACCUUUUCCUAACCUCACUUCGCUCAUCUCCUCUUCUUACCUCAGAGUCCAUCUGUAUUUUCCUCUGAUAUCGUCGGAUACUGGAUACUUUAUAUUGUCGAAUGGUUGACUGUUGUCCAAAAUUUCCUUCAUCUUGAACGUUGAAUUGUACCCCACCAGAUCCAUUUGUCAACAUCAACAUGUCUUAUUCUCCAUUUUCAGACAAGUACAAUCAAGUGCCUCAAUCAGAAGAUGGCGAGCAUUUACUCGCGAAUCCCGAGCCAACGUAUAAGCCAGCGUCCAGACGAAAUGGCAUCAUUUGGUAUAUAUUAUCACUCCCGGUAGUAUCAUUGUUGUCAGUUGGAUUGGGGAUAUGGAUCGGUUCUCGAUUUGUAGCAGAUCCCGCAAAAUUAUGCCCCAGCUAUGUGCAACACUAUUCUCCGAUUCUGAAUGAUAUCGACACAUCAUAUCAGCCAGUGAUGUUCAACGGAUCAUUCAUGAAAGAAAAUGCGUUCCGAUUAAAAGCAGGCCCGGAGGUGGAUGCAGCAUGGGGAAGCUUAGGAGUACAUUACCGAAGUUUCGCAUUACCGGCGAGUGAAGCAGAGAAAUCCGGAUUGACAUCUGCUCAUGUCCAAAUCAACGAAAAAUACGGGGGAGGAUUCCCAGUCAAUUUAGAAGGCCUCCAUCAUUUACAUUGUCUUAACCUUGUGAGACAAUCUCUAUACUACAAUUACGACUAUUAUCACGAUCAAGGAAAAGGAGCAUUUGUGAAUGAGGAUAAUAUCGUUCAAUACCACGUCUCCCACUGUCUAGAUAUCAUCCGCCAGCAACUUAUGUGCCAAGUCGACACCGGCGUCCUCGGCCAAGUAUGGUGGGAUAAAUCAAAGCCACAAGCAUUCGUAGAUUUCAACACCGAGCAUCAAUGCAAAGACUUCGAUGCCAUAAGACAAUGGGCAGAGGAUAGACAAUUGCCUGCCGGUGGACCAUCUGAUUUUCUACAGAGACCAAAGGAGAGUGAUGUUCUGGAGAGCAUACCUUAAGAGUAAAAGGACAAAAGUGAAUGAUGGGAUAAAUGAUACAUGAAUCGGAUGAGGUUGGUCUGGGCUGGGUCGGGCGGUAUUGGGUAUGGUGUUUGGAACGGGUAGGCAGGUACACGGAUCCAAAUGGUUUGGACCUUUGGAGUUACAUACUCAAGUAUAGCAUAACAUCAAUUGUAAUAUUCAAGAACGACCA